AUGAAAGGAAAAAAAGAGAAGAAAGAACCAAGUGAAAUUAAAGGAAGCCAAAAAAAGGAGCCAACAAAUUUAAAAAGAAAAAAAUGUCCAAGUAAUGAAUAUAAUUAUGAUUCGAAUGGCAAGUAUAAACAGAAUGAUGAGAAUUACAAAAUUAGCUCGUCGGAAGUGAAUAUCGUGAGGAAGGGAAAAAAAAAGAAAUUAACUGAAGAAUCAGAAAAGAAAGAAGCCGAAAAUAUUUCGUUUCCUUUAGAGAAUAACGAUGGAGAAUACCAAUCUAAUGGAGAUGGCCCCACAAUGAGUAACGUAGAAAUAGGGAGGGUUAAGAAGGCGCCGCAUAAGGUGAAGGGGGUAAAGGAGUCCAUUAGUAGGGGUGAAGGAGAGAAAGGUAAUUCAAAAGAGAAUGUCAAUCAGAAGGAUGGAAACAAAAAAAAGAAGAAAGAUGGUGCUCAUGGUUCCAAUUCUUCCUCAAUGCCUUUAGCCAGAGGCACAGACAUGGCUAUAGAUGGAGAGGGAGCAAAGGGGACCACCAACCGGAUGGUAGGAAGAAUGGAUAACGGCGUUGCCAAGGAUGAGGGAAAAGAAGAAAAGCAGAAGGAAGAGGAACACGCACAACAACAGCAACAACAGCAACAAAAGCAACAACAACAACAACAACAGGAAAAGCUAAUGAUGAAGGAAAUUAAAAAGUACUACGGAAUAGUGAAAGUAAGGAAACCAAACAGCCAAUUUGGGCAGGGAUACCUUUCAACCCUCAAGAUAAAACUAAACACAAAUGUAAAGGUUUCGGAUUCUUUGGCUAUAGUUCAGUUGUCGUCCCCAGAGGAUGCAGACAAUACUUUGGUGUCUCCUUUUAUGUGCGAAGCGAGCAAGAGUCUGAAAGCGGAGUGCAUAAAGGGUGUCGCGAAGGAUGUAUCACAAUUAGAUGACCACUUAAAAUACGUCCGCGGAAAAUUGCCCCUUGAAAUAAUCGAUAAUUUUAUUUUUAAAAAUAAAACCCAUGAUUACGAUAAGUGGGUACCAGAGUGCCGCAUAUUACUAGUGACAGGAUUACCAUUUGAUCAAAGAGAAGAAAAUAUCUUACAUAGCCUAAUAGAUAUCUAUUAUGAGAACCAAGACAGAGAUCCUAUAUUGGAUAUGUUGGAUAUAGACAAGUCUGAUUAUUUGCUUGAUUGUGUGAAUUUAUAUACAGCUGUGGAGGAGCAUCCGAACAAGUACGAAUUAUUCGCAAACCAUUUGGGCAUUAUUAAAUUUGCUUUACUUUUCGGAACAAAAACUAAUGCAAGUAUAAACAUGAUAGAUCAGACGCAUUUACUUUUUAACCUCAGUGAACUGUGUAGAACUAAUCAUUGUCCUGUUGGUUCUAUUGGAUCACUUUAUUUUAAGAAUGAACAGUAUGCCAAAAAGUUUUGGAUGGUUUUUAAAUUGUCUGCUAAUUGUAUGUAUGAAAAAUACGUUAGAUUAUGUCCAGACAAGAACGAAUUGAAAGUAUAUAUAGAGGCAUCUAUAUAUUUUAUCAUGCCUGGUGCCCUCUUCGUCAACAUAAAUUAUGCGCAACUCAAUUUGGUACUUAACAUUUUACAGCAAAAAAGACCAAUUGUCUUCGAGAAAAUUAAUAAUGUUAAAUUGAGGUAUCCUGGCAAAACCAUCUGGGAUUUAAUCUCCGCGAAUGUAACCUUGGAUGAUGUGCUUUAUGCGGAGGCCACUUCGAAGCAUGUCGCCGGGGAAAGAAUCCCAGAGGGGAACGAUCACAUGAGAGGUUCUUCUAUCGGUUAUAUUAGUGACGAAAUGGUGAGUGUUGCUAAGGGUAAAAUGAACCAACAUUCUCCAAAUCGUAUGAAUGAACAGAAGGAUGAAAACGUGAUGAAAGAUGUACUCGGAGGUGUACGUGAAGGGGAGCUUAAUUAUGAGCGAGAUUACGAUGAUAGCCAAUCACCAGGAUGGGCAACAGACCAUAUCCUUAACGAAUGUGAUUCCGAAAAAUCUUUUGACGAAAAUGACAUACAUGAGAUGGAAGAUGCGGAGAACGCAUUCCAUUACAAAAUUCAUUGUAUCCCAAAUUUCCUCAUGCGAAUUUACAAUACGCACAUCAACAGGUAUCUCCUGGAUAAUGGGCUUUGCUUGCUAGCAUGUCCAUACUUAGACAUGGAAUCUGGGGGGAAAGUAGCCAACUUCUUAAUAAAGUUUCAUCUACUGGACUGGACAUAUAGCGAAAGAGAUGAUGCCUGCUACUUUUACCUUUUCAAAUCCAUUCUAAGCGUUUUUGCAGUAUCCAAAAGGGUUUUUAAGGGAACCUUUAAUUAUGUAGUCACCACACUCUUUUUGAAAUUACCCUUCGGAUUAGUCCCCGCUCUUUAUAUUCGCGUGAACCCAAAAUUGCUGGGUAAUAUGGGGGACGGCCUCAACGUAACGCCGGCCAAAAUGUUGGAAGAAAUGACAGAGAUGAGACAAAUGAAAGAUGCGACAGAAGUGAGAGGAUCCACGGAAAAGACGAGGAAUGACGAACAAGCGCAUACAGAAAAUUCUAUCUUAACACCGGCUUAA